AUGGUUCUGGGCCGUCUGUCAUCUGAUUCUUACUCGCAGGUUCCCGAUCAAAGGGCCGGACCACUGCUACCCUCAUACGAAUCACUGCAGAAUGAUGAAAAUCCAUCAGUUAAUACUCAUGGAGUCUCAGACUCAAAUCAGUCAGAGUCAGGCUUCAACGUUUCAGAACACAGAAAGUCGCAUGCCAUGUCAAUGGCUCAGGCAUUGACUGAGCAAAUUCGAAUCAAAGGGUGGCCGGAGGAGCCGCGGAAACUAAGAAACAAGACCUUGUUAACAUUGUUUUUCAAUCUUUGCGAAGCUUUGAUCACCCUUGCACCAAUAGCAUUUAUCAUCUUCGCUAUACUGGCGGCUAAGCUUGACGGGAAGCCAACAAAUGGCAACGGCCUUGGUCACAAUAUCAAGAUCAUAACGCGUCUUGGGCCUUCAAUCUACCCCAUAAUGUUCGCAGCAGUCGCUGGAAAGUCACUAAAGACCGUCGCCAGGUAUUAUGCCGAACGGGGUAUGAAGCUUGGUGUACUGGAACUGCUUUUAGCAAGUCAGACAGUAUGGGGUACCUUUGAAAGCCAGGUACUUUUGAGGCGCUUCACACUGUUUGGUGCUCACCUUUUCCUGCUCUGGUGUCUGUCACCUCUGGGUGGUCAAGCAUCUUUACGUAUCUUGGAAACUGCUAUGGCCUCUCAGACUGCUGUUGGAGACCCUGUCUUAUACCUUCCAACAGGUGGCAUGAGCUAUCAUGCCAUUGCGAAUGACAUCCUCAUGACUGGAGACGCGGCUACACCUUUGGCAGCAAUCAACUCGUUGUACAGUGCCAACCUCUUGGCUCCUGCCUCCGUAAAGACUUCUGCUGUCGACACGUGGGGUAACAUCAAGGUUCCACGACUGAGUACCGUGAGCGCGAAGUCAGAAUCCACAGGCCAUUGGAAAACUGUCCCAGAACUUACAUCGGCGGACAAUUACACCUCCUUGUCUGGUUUGCCACUGGCCGGGCUCGCCAGAAAAUCCCAAAUCUUCCAGGAGUUCACGUUCGAAUAUGCUUAUAUGGACCUGAAUUGCCCUGAGCCGGCGUACAACAUGUCUCAAAGAGAUCCACGUUUCGUGCAACAGCUGGGACUCAUUUGGUCUCCGAACAAUAAGUCUGUGUUCAUCAACGAAGACAAGCAUACAAAGACAUCCUUCUUCCUUGAUACACAUACGCCAAUGACAGAAGGUCGCAUGUCAAACAUUUUCCUUGAUCAAAACCAGACGACUCUUACUGACACCAGUCUGCAAUUUCCACGGAACCUUCUGUUCGGAUCGCAGUACUCGGGCUCAGAUUCAAGAGCGUAUUCAGUACUCAUGCGUAAUUGUACAGUCAAGCUGAAGUACGUCGAAGUCAAAGCUGGAUGUACUGAGGAUGGGUGCAGAGCAACAGCAUUGCGGCCGUCCACCAAGUACUCAGAUCGGAACCCGAACUUGACACCUCUAGAAUAUCUUGUCAUGUCCUAUCACUUUAUGCAAGAUUUCCCUCUUGCAACCGGCAGUAUUCACAUGGGUGACACGUCACCCACGGAGUUCUAUAUCAAAGGAGCAAGCAUGCCUUUCGGCACAGCAACCGCAGGCUUACCAGACAUGGAAGACAUUUCCAAUGAUCUUUUUGCGACACGAAUGGGCUCACUGAUGAAUACCUACUUCCAACUCUCCCUUGCACCCUUGGCCUAUACGGAUGACCUCCCAGCCCCAAACGACUCAAUCUGGAAAUCCUCUAACCUUUCUAUCACUACAAGUACAGAGCUCUACGACGAACUUCGGGCGCCUCCAUAUCUCCCUUUAUACUCAAACACCACCAUCACUGCGACGACAGAGGUUUACAAAUGUAACUAUCUCUGGUUCGCUUUCCUCUUAGUAUCGUCCUGCAUACUCUUAUUACUCGGAUCAGCGGGGACUGCAUUGAGUCAUCUAUGCCACGCGCCAGAUAUGAUGGGAUAUGUCUCAAGUUUCACCUACAACAAUCCGUACAUGAGUGUACCGUCUGGAGGAGAGUCAUUGGGAGCCAUGGAAAGAGCACGUCUGUUGAGAGAUGUCAAGGUCAAAAUCGGUGACGCUAGAGUCAAUGAUGAAGUCGGCCAUGUUGUCUUUGCUACACUCAACCGUGCGGACUCUAUUGGAGAUUUGAGUCUGAAAAAGCACUAUAGAUAGAUGAGUAUUGUGUCGAGUGUGUGGUUCAUCUGGCGUGUAGCUGUCUGGAGAGAAUACGUUCUUUGAUUUUGAGCAACAUCAUGAUUGAGGCCAUUGAGCAAGGGGACUAGCAUAUCACAAGGAUUAGUAUGUUAAGAAGACACUCUAACCAUACUUAAUUGCACUGCUGUUAUAACUGCAUGUGUGGAG